GAGUGGGAGAGGAAGACAUGAGUUACUGCAGGCUGAGCCCGUCCCGCUCUGAUCAUGUAAGAGUUGUGCCACUAGCAGGUGCAUGACAGAGAACAAAUCUAUAGCUGAAGAAGAGUACAGGUAGAGGCUACCUGACCGCUUUAAACGGAUACUCACAUAUGGAGCACAAACAGACUGAGGCUCCUCCCUCAUAUGACUCUGUGGUGACUCAGAACAUCACACCUCCACCUUCAUAUCCCAGUCUACAAAUAUUGUCGACCACUCAAGUCCAACCGUACUACAUACCUCAGCCAUUACCUCAAAUUCCUGCUCCCCAUGUAGUAGAGACAAUCCCACAACAGAGAACUCAAGCUGUCUCAUACAGGAGCAAAAGGUGUUGCUAUGGAGGAUCCACUGGCAUUGCUGCUGUAGUUGUCCUGGUUGUAAUUGCUGUGUAUCUGGGAGUGCGUUAUGGACCGUCGCUGUGGGCUUUUUCUGAGAGAGACGCAGAGACAGACACAUGUCCCGGUUCAGCAGUCAACUGUGAUGGGAGGAAAGACUGUUCUCUAGGCAGUGAUGAAUCUCAGUGUGUGCGGAUUGGUACAGGAAAUGAAUUGCAGGUAUUGACCUCUAGGUCUGGGAGUUUUCUUCCAGUCUGCGCACAGGGCUGGAAUAAAAACAUAGCUGACCAAACCUGCCAACAGCUUGGCUUCAGACAGAGUUAUUCGUAUGGUGUCGUGAAAUCCAACUCACCUAUGUUUCAGAGUGUGAACAGUCAGCUUGUAAACAACAUCCAGGGGAGAGUUAACACUAGUUCAUCGUGUCCCGAUCAGCAGAGUGUGUCCCUGCAGUGCUGCGAUUGUGGAAGGCCACCAGUUUCAUCAAGGAUUAUUGGGGGAAGCGUGGCUGCUGAGGGUCACUGGCCAUGGCAGGCCAGUCUGCAUUUUCAAGGAAAGCACUCAUGUGGAGGAUCUCUGGUGGCUCCAGACUUUAUCAUCACUGCUGCUCACUGCUUCCCCAAAGAAACAUCUGGCUCUCAGUUGCCUAGUAACUGGAAAGUGUACAUAGGUUUCGUGUCCCAGCUCAAGCUGCCCAGUCCGUAUUAUGUAAAGGAAAUCAUUUUACAUGAAAAGUACAACCCAACAACAAAAAACUAUGACAUCGCCUUGCUGAAACUCAAUAAACCUGCCAGCGAUGUAGAGCCCAUAUGCCUGCCUGUGAUUGGCCAGACGUUUCCACCUGCCAAACAAUGCUGGACAACUGGUUUUGGAGUUAUUCGACAAGGCAGUAAUAGUGUUUCCACUUCUCUAAUGGAGGUCACAGUAAGCCUGAUAGACUCGAGUGUGUGUAACUCACCUAAUGUUUACAAUGGAGAAAUCACCGAGAACAUGCAGUGUGCUGGAGACCUUAGAGGAGGAAAAGACUCGUGCCAGGGUGACAGUGGUGGUCCAUUGGCAUGUAAAUCAAAUGAUGGUCAAUGGUUUCUCACAGGCGUAACAAGUUGGGGAGAAGGCUGUGGACAGGUGAACCGUCCGGGGGUCUACAGUGAUGUAGCCAAAUAUUUAAUGUGGAUAUAUAGCAAGAUGCAGCAAGCACGACCAUGACCUUCGACAAUCAUGAAGAACACACUCAUUGCAGAUUUGAUAGCAGUUUUGCACAGAAUGGAACAUUUUUUUCUCAUUUUUAAAAAAAGUGAAACAGUAAAGCAACAUACAUUUAGAGUAAAUACAUUUUUUAGUAAGACUUUAAAUUCAUAAUUUAAAUCAUGAAAAUUCACUUAUUUUUUACUGUGUAAUUCAAUGUAUUUAUUUUCUAGACAUACUGUAUGUACUGGAAUAAAAACCUGGACUACA